AUGGGUGCUGGAUGUUGUAAGAAUGAUAUUGCUGCAAAUGUCAAAAGCAUUAUGGUCAAACCGCAUAGCAAGGUUUCACCUGAAAAUAAUCACGCAUAUGAAGAUAAUGAAUAUGUUGAAGCUGACGUUUGUCACGAAAAUGAUAUCGGUGAAAAUGAAAUGAAGAACUUUGAAUUCGAGAGUGAGGAUAUAUGCACAAAAGUUCUUGUUAUUAAGCAGAAAGGAAAAAUAUCAGCAAUCGGAAAUAAAUGUUCGCAUUAUGGAGCCUUACUGUCAAUGGGCGUUUUAGGAGAUGGUCGAGUUAGAUGUCCAUGGCACGGGGCAUGCUUUAACAUAGAAACCGGCGAUAUUGAAGACUACCCGGGACAGGAUUCAAUUCCAUGCUAUCAAGUAAAAAUUGAAAGUGGAAUGGUUAAAGUUCGUGCUAAAAAGUCAGCACUGCAGUCAUCAAAGCGAACACCUCAACAUAUUGGACGAGCUUUGACAAAUUCUCAAACUUUUGUGGUUAUUGGUGGAGGUCCAAGUGGUGCGAUUUGUGUUGAAAACUUACGAAAAAAUUUCGGUGGAAAAAUCGUUUUAAUUUGUCGAGAGAAUUACCUGCCUUAUGAUCGUGUUAAAGUUAGCAAAGCUAUGGACAGCACAAUAGAGUCAAUUCUAUUGAGAAAUGAAGACUUUUAUGAUGACAAUGAUAUUGAAGUCAUGGUUGGUAUAUCAGCUACAUCUUUAAGUUUAGAAAGCAAAGAAGUGAAGCUAAGCAAUGGAGAUACUUUGAAGUACGAUAAGACGUAUAUAGCAACAGGCUCAUCACCAGCUCUAUUGAACAUUCCUGGAAUGGAUUUAAAGAACAUUAUAACGCUUCGAGACAUCUCAGAAUCCUAUCAAGUCAUGCAAAAAAUCAAUAAAAAGAGCCAUGUUGUAGUCAUUGGAGUAAGCUUCACGGGCAUGGAGGCAGCAUCAUUUUUGAUAAAGAAGGUGGCAAAAGUUACAGUCAUUGGAAGAGAUUCUGUCCCAUUUAGACAUUCUUUUGGUCCGGAGAUAGGAGAAGCAAUUAUGAAUAUGUUUGGACAGGAAAAGAUUGAAUUUGAGAUGCAAAAUGGAAUCAAGAAAUGUAUUGGAAAUCAGAAAGGAGAAGUAGAAAGCGUAGAAUUGAAUGAUGGGAAGAUGUUACAAGCUGAUAUUCUUAUAGUAGCAUGUGGAAGUAUUUUAAAUACAGGAUUUUUAAAGGAUAGUGGAUUAGUCAUCAAUAAGGAUGGAUCGAUUGAUACAAAUGAAUAUUUGGAAACAGCUGUUAGUAGUGACAUUUAUGUAGGAGGUGAUAUAGCUAAUAGUCCAAUUUUGAUGACAGGAAAGAGAGAGAAUAUUGGUCACUAUCCAUUAGCUCAAUAUCACGGUAAAAUUGCAGCAUUAAACAUGUGUGGAAUUAAAACGGAAUUAAAAGCAGUCCCAUUCUUCUGGACGAUGCUAUUUGGAAAGUCGUUCCGCUAUGCUGGUCAUGGAAAACCAUCAGAAAUCAAAAUUGUUGGAAGCCUAGAAAACUUUAAAUUUGUAGCUUAUUAUAUUAAUGAAGUAGGAAGAGUUAUAGCAGCAUCUAGUUGCGGACAUGAUCCAGUUGUAGCACAGUUUGCAGAAUUUUUAUCACAAGGAAAGAUAUUACACAAAGACGAGAUUGAAAGUGAUCCCUUUGAAUGGAUAAAAAGAAUUAAUGAAGAACGCGAAAUUUAG